AAAACUCAGUCAUGUAUGAUCCAUCACGCGCUUUUGCUUCCUCUUCUCAACUACACACACACACACACACACACACACGAUACAUAACUGCCUCCCCAAGUAAUCCCAAGUCAAUCCAACCCUACCUUCUCCUUCAAUCUCUCGUUCCUCUGUUAAACAAGCUCUCGGCAAAGCUAAGCUCCCAAAUCUCCCCUCAUAUUCUUGCUUCCUUCCCAGGUAUGUGUCCUCUCAGGUUCAUCUUGGUCCUCUUCUCCGCCUUAUUAGCCGGAUACCUCGCAUGGACGACCCUGCGUUUCUCUUCCGAACUCGAGACUUCUUCCGCCACCGAUCGAUCUCCCUCGAAAACCCAAGAUUUUAAUUUCAAAAAGAUGAUUCGGAAUGGAUUCUGGUUAUUGGUGGACAUGGCCAGUGGGAAGUACCUGUGGAGGAAUUUGAGGUCCCUCAACACGGAUAUCCAAGUGAAUGGCUCUUAGCAACUCCAGAGUUCUUCUUCUUCUUCUCUUCAUUAUUUGAACUGUACAAGUCUUGUGAGAAAUAAUGUGCAUGCAAAUUCUCUUGAUUUUUUUCAUACGGAUUUAGAAUAAACAAUUCAAGAGUUUUUCUUCUGGAUUAUUUUCCAGAAGCCUUCCACCUCAUCUGCUCUACAUUUGAAUGUAAAAGGGGCAUGUCAAUGCCGAUUUGACAACA